AUGACUACGCCUGCUAACGAUCCUUUCUACCUGCGUACGGGCCAUUCUGGUAAACACGGACACGAGUUUUUGGAGUUUGAGUAUUCGCAUGGGAGGUUGAGGUAUGCGAAUAACUCGAAUUAUAGGAAUGAUAGUUUGAUUCGGAAAGAGAUGUGGGUUGGUCCGCUCGUUGUAAAGGAGUUGAAGAGGAUCGUAGAGGCGAGUGAGAUUACCAAGGAAGACGAUUCCAACUGGCCCAAGAAGAAUAUUGUGGGCAAGCAGGAGCUGGAGAUUCGGAUAGGCAAUGAUCAUAUUUCGUUCGAGACUGCCAAGAUUGGUUCUCUCGUUGAUAUCCAGGAUAGUGAGGAUCCUGAAGGAUUGCGUGUGUUUUAUUAUCUGGUUCAGGAUUUGAAGUGCCUCAUCUUCUCGCUCAUCUCGCUCCACUUCAAGAUCAAGCCUAUAUAA